CCCAGCGACACGUCACCAGACCAGACCUGUCAGCGUGUGUCGAGAGCUGCUGAAAUGGGUGGUUUCUUCUCUAGUCUCUUCUCUGGCCUUUUUGGCACCAGGGAGAUGAGGAUUUUGAUCCUGGGCUUGGACGGUGCAGGAAAAACUACUAUUCUGUACAGGCUGCAGGUUGGAGAAGUCGUCACCACCAUCCCCACAAUCGGCUUCAACGUCGAGACGGUGACAUACAAGAACCUGAAAUUCCAGGUGUGGGAUUUGGGAGGACAGACGAGUAUCAGGCCCUACUGGCGGUGUUAUUACUCAAACACAGAUGCAGUCAUCUACGUGGUGGACAGCAGCGACCGUGACAGGAUGGGCAUCUCAAAGUCAGAGUUGGUGGCCAUGUUGGAGGAGGAGGAGCUGAAGAAGGCCAUCCUCGUGGUGUUUGCCAACAAACAGGACAUGGACCAAGCCAUGACGCCGACUGAAGUCGCCAACAGCCUCGGCCUUCCUGCUCUCAAGGACAGAAAAUGGCAGAUCUUCAAGACCUCGGCCACUAAAGGAACCGGCCUGGACGAGGCUAUGGAGUGGUUAGUGGAUUCCCUGAAGAGUCGGCAGUAAAGGCUGCUGCUCAUCCUGUAUAUACUCCUCAUCUUCGCCCCCCUCCCCGUGUCCCACUUUCCUCUGGACCAGUGAUUGCACUCCUACUCCUCUGUCCCCAUCUCAUACUGACCAGAAGCCUUGUGGCCAAGUCCUCCCAACGCCGAACGCCUUUCAACCCCGGGACUGGGAAGCAAAAGGCUGCAGUAACAUCUGGACUGCGAAAGACGUCGCCGAAGACCACGCGUGAUGGUUUUGGAGAAUUUGAAACACUGCCGUCUCGGAUGCGCAACAGUGAAAUUUUGUUAUCUAAACUCUGUUUUGGAAAUGAAGAGUCAGUUUGCAACAACUGUGAAUGUACUUGUUAUUGUAUUAAUCCAUUUGCAGUAGUUCCACCACUGAAAGACAUUAUCAGGACUCGGAUUGUGCUGCCUUACAGCAGUGGGGUCAUUUCCAAGCACUUGCACCGGUCAGUAUCGACAUCUUACUCGCCUGGAAAGGAUUAAGACUCUUUUAAAAACAAAGAAA